AUGUUCUUAAUAGUUGCUCCUCUUUCUGUCCUCUACAACUGGAAAGAUGAAUUGGAUACAUGGGGAUAUUUCAGAGUCACUAUAUUACAUGGUCACAAAAAAGACAGUGAACUUAUUCGUGUAAAGCAGAGGAAAUGUGAAAUUGCUCUGACAACUUAUGAAACACUACGCUUAUGUUUGGAUGAACUUAACAGUUUGGAAUGGUCAGCUGUCAUUGUGGAUGAAGCUCACAGAAUCAAGAAUCCAAAUGCUAGAGUAACAGAAGUUAUGAAAGCUUUAAAAUGUAAUGUCCGCAUUGGCCUCACUGGAACUAUUCUUCAGAACAACAUGAAAGAACUAUGGUGUGUUAUGGACUGGGCUGUGCCAGGACUUUUAGGUAGCAGGAUCCACUUCAAGAAGCAGUUUUCUGACCCAGUAGAACAUGGUCAGAGACACACAGCAACGAAAAGAGAAUUGGCUACUGGUCGAAAGGCCAUGCAGAGGCUUGCAAAAAAGAUGUCUAGCUGGUUUCUCAGGCGGACCAAGACUCUUAUCAAGGAUCAGCUGCCUAAAAAGGAAGACCGGAUGGUGUAUUGCUCUCUGACAGAUUUCCAGAAAGCUGUCUAUCAAACAGUGUUAGAAACAGAAGAUGUGACUUUGAUACUUCAGUCUUCUGAGCCUUGUACCUGUAGCAGUGGCCGGAAGAGGAGAAAUUGUUGUUAUAAGACCAAUUCACAUGGUGAAACAGUAAAAACCUUGUAUCUCAGUUACCUUACAGUCCUUCAGAAGGUAGCUAACCAUGUCGCACUACUGCAGGCUGCUAGCACCUCCAAACAACAGGAAACACUUAUUAAAAGAAUAUGUGAUCAGGUAUUUUCCAGAUUCCCUGAUUUUAUGCAGAAAAGCAAAGAUGCAGCCUUUGAAACACUUUCUGACCCUACAUACAGUGGAAAAAUGAAGGUCCUUCAACAGCUUUUAAAUCAUUGCAGGAAAAACAGAGAUAAAGUUCUUCUCUUCUCCUUUUCCACCAAGUUGCUCGAUGUGCUGCAGCAAUACUGCAUGGCGUCUGGGCUUGAUUACCGACGACUUGAUGGAAGUACAAAACCAGAGGAAAGAGUCAAGAUCGUGAAGGAGUUCAACAGCACACAAGAUGUUAACAUUUGUCUUGUCUCUACAAUGGCUGGUGGACUAGGACUCAAUUUUGUUGGUGCCAAUGUUGUUAUAUUAUUUGAUCCUACUUGGAAUCCAGCCAAUGAUCUUCAAGCCAUUGACAGCUUCCCCUGCUCUGACCUGCCCCUGAAACAGCUGCUGGAGGAGGAUGAUGAGGUGCUUUCAGGACCUGGGAAGGGGCUGGCGGAAGUGCCCACAAAUCUCCAGCUCCUGGAUGGCAAGGAGGUUCACAUCAAGGAGCUGGCUAACCCGAGUCACACUCGGCCCCAGCGCCUCUUUCCAGGCACUCAGCAGCUCACCCUGUGCCUGCCCUGA